AUGUCCUUGAUCCCGAAGCACUUCGGACUGAAAGCCAGAGAAGAAUCAUACCUAUUUAAAGAGCUCGAUAAGAUUCAACAGAAGACCAAGAAGGAUUUUCAAAUAUUGAGGCAGAAGCUGUUGGCCAGGCCAGCCUUAGGUGAGGACAGCUCUGCUCCGGUCCCCGCCCCUGCCCAAAGCCCGGAGAAGCGACGACGAGUUUGUUUGCGAGGACCUGGACCAUCCAAAAAGUCCCUUUCAGGUAAAGGCCUUGGGGGCCUCUGGCUGGAGACAUCCCGAGUCCUGCCUCGGCCCCCGGGCCUGGGCGAGGCACUCCCCCCCAAGAAGGCCCAGCAGUUUCAGCCCCACCAAUUUUAUAUGCGGAGCUCCGCCUUCCUGCGGCACAAACCACUGAAGAGGCCACCGAUCAUCGCCCCGCAGGUGGGCACGACCAAACCCGCGAUCCUACUGCCUCCAGGCGACCCUCCACUCAAGAAUCGGGCGAGGACGAAGACCAGCUCUCGGAGGAGCGGCGGUCCAUGGACCAGGGGGCCUACAUCAGCAGCCUCGGGGAGGAGGAGGACUCCUCCAAGCAGCGGCGAACCGACGGGGCGCCUGGACAGUGGCGCCCUGGUCGAGGCGCAGGAGGCUCGGCGCACGUCCCGGAGCUCGUCCGUGCGCUCGUCCUUGCGCUCGCCCUUGCCCUGGUCCCCGUCCUCGCGAACAUCGCGGCGCUCGUCGACGCGCCAGUCCCAGCGCUCGUCCCUGCGCUCGUCCCUGCGCUUGUCCUCGCACCCGUCCUGGCAGCCACAUCGAGUCAUCCCCACGUCCAUCGAGGAGAUCAUCAGCUCGCUGCAGUCCGAGAGCCAGUUGGCCUUCGACCAGACCAUCAAAGAGCUCAUUCAGAGCGUCCUGGGCCAGAACUACGACAUCAAAAUGGAAGAACUUGCUUUAAUGGGCCAAGUCACCUCACCUUUAAUGGGCCUCAAAUCACCUCAGACAGAAGUAGAAUUGCCUCAGCAGGAAGCAAAACCAGAGUCAGAGACAAAUGAUGAAGAAACAGAAAAGUUAGAGUUGCCACAGUUGCUAAAAGUGCUGGAGUUUGAGAUACUUCUGGCUGAGAUUGUGUCCUUUUCAACUUUGUUUUCUUGUCACCAGCUUCAGAAUCCAGCAUAUAGUGGAACUAGUAGCCAGGUGGCAAUGCUGGAGGUAGAGAUUAGGAGGAUCAAAGUUCGAGGACAGCACGGUAUGGGUGAUGAGCUUACCGAUGCGGUGUCAAGUAUUUUCCAGAUUGAACAGGAAGAUAUUUUAGAUUGGACAGCCAUGGACACAGAAAGCACCGAAUUUAAAUCUCAGGCAGUAUUGAAAACUCAUCCAGAGGAAGAAUCAGGGAGACCAUUAGAAGAGAUACAGCCUACAGUUGAUUUAAAAACAAGCAAGAAAACAUCUUUAAAGGUAGACUCAUCAGAAUUCUUGCAAAUCAAAGGAGAAGAAAUUAAAUCAAUACGGAAAGUGAAAUUCGGAAUUCCAACAUCAAGAAAGGCUUUAAAAUCCAGAUGGCGCCAUUACAGACGAACUAAAAAAAUGCUACCGGGCUUCAUCCCUCCUCACAUUCAUGAUCUUUGCAAGACCAUCCCGGCCCAGGAGCUGCCAGUUGAGCUGUACCUGGCUUCUCGUGUGCUCUACACUUCUGACAAGAUGAGUCACAGGAAUAUGCUCCGCACACUUGGGCCAUCUUUCUUAGGUGAUCAGUUUACAGAUGAGCAAAGAGAGAGAAUGCUGCGUGGAAUUUCUGUGAUGGAGGAAAAUGAAGAGGAUAUGGAUGUUUCUCCAGCAGCACCAACAGAAUCCCCUGAACCUGAACAUAGACUUAGUUGGCAUGCUCAAAAACCACACCUGAGGCUCCUGGGAGAAGAAGUAUCUGCUUAUCCAGUAUGUACAAAGUUAUUUUGGAGUCCAGCAGCACCCAAAUUUGGUGUUCCAGAAUCAGUUAUAAGGGAUAUUUUAUAUCCAAAAUAUGAGAGUGUUCGAACAUGUAAACUUUUAACUGAGGAUUUAGUAUCUGAAAGCAAGGAAAGUAUCACAAUAUUAGAAAUUGGUCGCAAGGAAAGUAUUAAGUCUUUCAUAUUAAGAAAAGCUUCAUCCUAUGAAAAUAUACAAAAACCUCUCAGAUCAAAAUGGAUAUAUUGGAAGAGAGCAAAAUCUUCUCCUGAUUUGUGGAAGGAGGUCACCCAAUUGUUGGACAUAAAAGAUGACACACAAAGCAAUAUGAAAGAGUUGAGACUCCAGAAAGCCAAGGUGUAUGAGGCUUGUCUUUCUCAGGAAGAGCCAUCAGAGGUCUCUGUGAAAAAAAGUAUAAGUGACAUCUUAGAUGACUUGGAGGAAAAUAAAAAAACUUCUUUCUCUCUCAUUGAAGCAUCAAAGAAAGCUGGCAUUAAUUACAUUGUGUAUCCCAGAAAAAAGAAGGUGAAAUGGAAGAAAAGACUGAAAUCCUCCAAACUUACCCUUGUGUAUGAACAGCUAGUCAAGCCUCCACAAAAGCUUGAAAGAUCAUUGUCUCAUGGAAUACUUCCUGGGCAGAAGAAAUUUUUGCUCAGAGUUCCAGUAUAUGAACGUCCAAUCCGAUGUCCCAGCUUACCGAGUUUAGAUUUCGAUGAAUACGCUGCAACAAAGGGAGGCCUGCGAAAACUCCAGGAUUCUCGGAUGUGGCUUAGUACUAUAUUGAGGGAAGCGCAGCGACCGGAAGCACGCCCGACAGCUGGGAGAGCAGAUAUCCACAAAGACCUGCCUGAAAAAGUGGCAGAUGCACAAAAAAUAGAACUACGUGAUACUUUGGCAUGUGAUCUUCCACCAGAAGUCAUUAAAUAUUACAAAGCUGAAGUGGCAGCCUUGACUGAAGAAAUACAGAAGAAUAAAACACACCUUGCCUUUGCCUAUUGUAGGCGUGGAGCAAUUUAUAGGAAACUGGGCAAGUUGCUGAGCGCCAUGAAUGACCUGCAAGAAGCUAUCUUCUUGGAACCAAAUUUUCUAAAUGCCUACUGGCACCGACAUUUCAUUUUUCUUUUCCAAGACAGAAUCAGUGAGGCUUUGGAUGAUUUGAAUUAUAUACAUAAGUACAAUAAAAACAAUGCAGAAGCGUAUUUGUCAAAGGCAGAAAUUUUCAAGGGAAAAAAUGACAUGACUCUGGCAAUUCUAAAUUACACCCAGGCAAUCAAAUGCAAACCCACAGAUGCUGAGAUAUACUUCAGAAGGGGUGUAGUAUAUGAAAAGACAAAUAGAGUGCUGGCCAUGGAUGACUAUUCCAAAUGUAUUGCUUGUGACCCUAAAAGAACCGAUGCGUUAUUGAAACGGGGGCUGUUUCACUUUGAAAAUGAGAACUGGACAUCAGCUAUACAGGAUUUUACAUCUUUGUUAAAUAUAAAUCACCUCAGUGCACAAGCAAGGACAUACCGGGGGAGAUCAUAUUUUAAAAGGCAGCUUUAUAGACUAGCAGCCCAAGACUUAUCUGCUGCUAUCCACUUAGAUCCCAAUAAUUGGUUAGCAUUUUAUUAUCGAGCUUGCUUGUUUAGAACAACUAAUAUUUCCAGAGCCCUGCAGGACUACAGCAUUUCAGUUCUCUUAAAUGAUGGCUAUGAGAAUCUUGGGUGUUUUCUACAUCGGGGCAUACUGUAUUCACAUUUGAAACUUUGGAACUUGGCAAUUUGUGACUUUGAAGCUGUUAUUUCUCUAGAAAGAACUAUUAUUUUGCCUUAUAUAAACAUUGGCCUCAUACAUCUGCUUCACCUGGAUAACUACACUCAAGCUAUUUGGAAGUUUUCCGAAGCUAUUAAGAUUGAUUCUUUGAAUAUUCAAAGCUAUCUUUGUAGAGCAGAAGCCUAUCAUAAGUUACAUAACCUGAGUAAGGCAGUAAGGGAGUUAUCUCGUAUUAUUCACCUUCAGCCAGAUGGAAUCCAAUUCUACAUAAUAAGAGGACAAUACCUUCUUACAAUGAAGUGUUAUGAUCUUGCAAAAUUCACUAUUUAUCAAGUGGCAGAAAUGAACAAAGGUGCCAUUGAAUUGAGUCCCAUACAGCAAGCACUCAUUUAUUCAUUUUGUGAAAAUCAUGACAAAGCCAUUCAGGUCUUGAAUGGGAUUGUGUGGAAUAAACCAGAAGUCACCAUGUAUUCCUUGUUAGCAAAAGCCCAAAUGAAGGCUAGGAAAAUCAAGGAAGCUAUAAAAAUGUUUAAGAAGGCAUUGGAAAUGUUUGUCCUUUCUGAUAAAGAUCCAAGUGCCGUAGAUACUUCAGCAGACUGUCUGUAUCACCUGGGUAUUUGUUACAUGGAAGAAGGCAACUUACAAAUGGCUUUUGAUUCUUUUACAAAGGCUGUGAAAACAAAUCCUGACUUUGCGGAAGCCUUUUAUCAACGAGGACUUUGUAAAAUAAAACUCCAGAAAGAUAACUCAAUUAUAGAUUUUAAUCGUGCAAUUACUCUCAACCCCAAACAUUACCAGGCAUAUUUAAGCCGAGUAGCCUUCUACGGUUCUCAGGGAAGGUAUGCCAAGGCAAUUUUGAAUUGUAAUGAGGCCAUCAAGAUUUAUCCUCAGGGCGUGCGGGCCUACCUCUACAGAGGAGUUCUGAAGUACUAUGGCAAGAAUUACAAGCUAGCUAUCACAGAUUUAAGUACAACUGUGAACAUGGACAAAAACAAUUAUAUAGCAUUUUAUAACAGAGCGUUAUGCUAUACCAGGAUAGGAGAGCUCCAACUGGCAUUAAUAGAUUAUGGAAUUGUGCUUCUUCUCGACGCUGGAGAAACACUGGUAUUCAAUACUUUCAUUAAUCGUGGGCUCAUUUACACAGAACUAGAGAAAUACAGUUUUGCAUUAGAGGAUUUUAAACAAGCUGCACAGAUGAAGCAGAAUAACGUGAAUCUUUGCCAAGCUGCUGCCAUGUGCCAUCACAGAAUAAAAGAGUAUGAACAAGCUGUCUAUUUGUUUAACUGGGCUCUUAAAAUUAACUCCCGUUUUCUGGAUGCUUAUGUUGGGAGAGGAAAUUCUUACAUGGAAUAUGGAUCUGAGGAAGCCACCAAAUAUGCUCAGAAGGAUUUUAUGAAAGCGUUGCAUCUUAAUCCAGCCUACACAAAGGCCAGAAUCAGUCUGGCCUAUAAUUUGCAGGCCCAAGAAAAAUUCCAGAAAGCCUGGAACCACUUUACCAUUGCCAUAGAAGUUGAUCCAAGGUGUUACCUAGCCUACGAGGGAAGAGGUGUGGUCUGUCUUCAAAUGGGUAACAAUUUUGCUGCGAUGCAGGAUAUUAACGCUGCCCUGAAGAUCAAAACUACAGCUGAGUUCUUAACAAAUCGUGGGGUGGUUCAUGAAUUAAUGGGUCAUAAACAUAAUGCUAUGAAAGACUACCAGGCGGCAGUGUCUCUGGACCCCACGUACUCUCUGGCUUACUACAAUGCAGGGAAUAUCUACCUUCACCACAGGCAGUUUUCCCAGGCCAUUGACUACUUCUCGAAGGCUUUAAAGUUUAACCCAGAAAAUGAAUAUGCUCUCAUGAAUCGAGCUAUUGUGAAUACAGUAUUAGAAAAAUAUGAAGACGCAAAAGAAGAUUUUUCAAGUCUAAUUGAACGUUGUCCUUCUUGGGCUGCAGUGUAUUUUAACAGAGCACAUUUGUACUGCUGUUUAAAGCAAUAUCAAUUAGCUGAAAAAGACCUUUGUCAAGCCUUAUACUUGAAGCCUGAUGAUGCUCUAAUGUAUAAUCUCAGAGCAGAAGUUCGUGGUAAAAUAGGUCUGAUUGAGAAAGCUGUAACUGACUAUAACCAAGCACUGGAUUUUGAAAAAUCAAGCUACAUGAUUAAAUAG